AAAAGCAGCUCCUGCAUGUUGGAGUCACUGUCAGCAGCACUGAGCUUUGUGUUGGUGCAGUCGACCAGGUUUAACUACAGCAGAAUGAGAGUAUUGAGGGUUUUCCUGCUGAUUGGAGGCAUUGCCUGCUUCCCACAACAACAAGGCAGUGGUGGGCAGCCCUGGUGGUGGGCUACCUCGUCUUCUGGACAAGCUCCUUCUAAUCCAYGUGAUUACAAACCAGCAGGACAGUUGAGUGGUCCUGGCAGCUACCCAGGACUGUACUAUAGUGGCACAAACACUGCUGGAGGUGACGACCGCUCUUAUUACGGCGUCCAACAACAAAGCGGCUCUCAGGACAGUCAGCAUGGGGGUCCAGGCAGCAGCGGUCCUUACCAGUCUACAGAGGAGAGCUGGAGCACAUCCUCUGAUACCGACGGGGAGGAUGAGCCAGUCUUCACUCCUGUGGAGGAUGAGGAUCAAGUGUACGCUUUAAAGUCUCGUAAUCGCUACAACAUUAGGCGCAUGUCAGUCAGUCAGUUCCGUUAUACGCCAACAGAACCACGAUUCCCCCAGGAUUCUGUGUUCCCCCACCCUGGCAAAGGGCUCCAACCUCAACUUCCAGGCAUGGAGAAGAACUGAGGGUGUUCUAAAUAAAGAUUCCUUUGUUUGCUCACA